AGAUUGCACCCUCCAUGAGGUUGAAGAUGUAGAUUUUCCUCUUCAAGACAUUUUUUAUUUUAUUUUAUUAUUAUUAUUCUUAUAAUUUAUAAAUUAGCUUUUCCUCCAUGGAAAUUGAUCUUGAAGCUCACCUGUUGGUCCUACAAGAAAAUCACAGACGCAUUGACAAUUCGCCACCUGUCCUCCCGUGUAGCUCACUUGAGAUUCUGUGUCAAAGCAGCCAUGAAUUAUUGCUUUCCUGAUUGGAAUUUUGAGGGUGACAUUCCCCCAGCUAAGAAAUCAAUGGGACCUGAACAUGAUGAUCUUGUGGAACUUUUAUGGAGAAAUGGUCAAGUGGUCUUACAAAGCCAAAAAGCUAGAAAAUCAAGUUUAAUUGCUAAUGAAGUAAGGCAAUUUCAAAAACAGAAUCAACCACUUUACAGGAGUAAUGUGUCUUGUGGAAAUUCAAGCAAUUUGAUUCAAGAUGAUGAGACAGUCUCUUGGAUACAAGAUCCGCUUGAUGAUUCGUUCGAGAAGGAAUUUUGUUCCAAUUUCUUCUCCGAAUUACCACCUGCUGAUCCUAUUGAGAUUGUUAAGCAGCCUAUCAAACAUUUCCAAGAUGACAAGCAAACAAGAUUUGGUGCCUUUGAUACUGCUACUCAUGUUACUUUUGGGAAUUUUGUGAAGAAAAACUCGAAGCCGCCUGCAUCUCUUGCAGAGUUCCCUAUGAACACUAUGCCUCCUCCGAGAUUUCAGUUUCAAGAUUCGUCACGGCAGAACAAGGAUUUAGGAGAUUUAGGAAAAUUGGUGAAUUUUUCUCAAGUUCCUGUGCCUCCCUUGAAGGGUGACCUGGGAUCAUCAAAUGGGGGGAGAGAGUCUGGAAACUUGAUACAGGGAGAGGGAAGAGAUUGUUCGGGAAUGACAGUUGGUUCGAGCCAUUGUGGUAGCAAUCAAGUUCCUAAUCCAAAUGACCUGGAUUUGAGCCGAGUUUCAACAAGUGGUUUUGGAAAUGCUGGUUUAUCUGCUGGUUUCUCCAAGGAAGAUAAUAGAAAGAUGGUUGCACAAGGUGAGAGGGACAAAACUGAGACCAUGGAUCCAACUGCCACUUCAUCCUCAGGCGGUUCGGGAAGUAGUAUGGACAGAAGUAGAACAAUUGGACAAUCUACUGGAGGUAACGGCAACAAAAGAAAAGGCCGAGACGGAGAAGAAUCCGAGUGCCAAAGUGAGACUGCUGAACUCGAAUCUGCUGAGGGAAACAAGACAGCUCCACGAUCUGGAUCUUCUCGCAGGACCCGUGCUGCUGAAGUGCAUAACCUUUCAGAAAGGAGGAGAAGAGAAAGGAUAAAUGAAAAGAUGAAAGCACUGCAAGAACUCAUUCCACACUGUAAUAAGACUGACAAAGCUUCAAUGCUAGAUGAAGCUAUUGAAUAUUUGAAGUCACUUCAAUUACAACUACAGGUAAUGUGGAUGGGAAGUGGGAUGGCGCCCAUGAUGUUUCCCGGCGUUCAACAUUACAUGUCUCGAGUGGCUAUGGGCAUGGGUAUGGCCCAACCUUCAAUGCCUUCAAUUCACAACCCAAUGCAAUUACCUCGGGUCCCGAUUGUCGAUCAAUCAGUUUCAGUGGCUCCAACACCAAACCAACCUAUGAUGUGCCAACCGCAAAUGUUCAACCCGAUGAAUUAUCAAAAUCAGAUGCAGAAUCCCGCUUUGCAAGAGCAGUAUGCUCGUCUAAUGGGAUUCCAUCAUAUGCAACCUACCUCACAGCCCAUAAAUGUGUUCAGAUUUUGUCCCUCAGCAGUCUUGCAGAGUCAACCUGCAGCAGCACCUGGCCCUGCUAGUGGUCCUACUGCUGGAGGAUCUAUAACCAAUGAUAUUGUAAAUGGAAAUUUGGGUUGACAAGUGAAAUUAUCCAUGUUUAUCAGUUAGCUAAGGUUCCUUCUCGGUUUAUUGCGAAGCAUCAUUCCUCGAUAUGGUGGAAACCAUGAUUGUUGGUUCUUUGUGUAUAUCUGAUACAGAUUCUUGCCUCCUUGCCCUCCAAGUACACAGCUUAUAUGCUUUCCAACUUCAUUACCAUAUUACAUAAUAGUAAUGGAAGAAGCUUCAUUAAUCUGUAUAUUGUUGAGACAGCUAAAAACUCAAGAUUCAAAUCUUGCAAUUCAAGGUAUUUAACAAAAAAAUUUUGUCAAAGAACGCUUUACGAAAUAAGAUCAACUAGUUUGUUUCUGUCCAGCUUAA